UGGGCCUCAUGGAGAAAAACUCUCCUCAGCUCUUAGUUUAUAACUUAUUAGAACUUACCGAAGCCAAUUCACCGUAGUUUAGCACUCGCUUUUAUUAUUGUUGGGAAUCAUACCUCAGAAAACAGGAAAUGCUCCUAGCCACUCAUGCUAUCAAAACGGGUUCUCGAUAGUAUUUACAGCCUUUUUCAUUUUCUGAGGUUUUCAAAAACCAGUUUCUGUUUGAGGCAGAUAAUAUAACGGAUGGUCAACUAUCUUUAGAUGGAGUGGCAGCCAGACGAGCAGGGUCUGCAGCAAGUGCUUCAGCUGCUCAAAGAUUCCCAGUCCCCGGACACAGCCACUCAGAGAGCUGUGCAAGAAAAACUGGAGCAGCUUAACCAGUUUCCUGACUUUAACAACUAUCUCAUCUUUGUCCUCACAAGCCUCAAGUCUGAGGACGAACCCACUCGCUCUCUCAGUGGUCUGAUUUUGAAGAACAAUGUGAAGGCUCACUACCAGAACUUCCCCCCUAACGUGGCUGACUUCAUCAAACGAGAAUGCCUCAACAACAUCGGAGAUCCGUCGCCGCUUAUCAGAGCUACGAUCGGGAUUUUGAUCACAACUAUAGCCUCUAAAGGAGAGCUGCAGACUUGGCCGGAGCUCUUGCCUCAACUUUGCAAUCUGCUCAACUCUGAGGACUACAACACCUGCGAGGGUUCUUUUGGAGCACUGCAGAAAAUCUGUGAGGAUUCGUCUGAGCUGUUGGACAGCGACGCUCUGAACAGACCUCUCAACAUCAUGAUUCCCAAGUUUCUCCAGUUCUUUAAGCACUGCAGCCCCAAGAUCAGGUCCCAUGCUAUCGCUUGUGUGAACCAGUUCAUCAUUGGACGAGCUCAAGCUCUGAUGGAUAAUAUCGAUACUUUUAUUGAGAGUCUGUUUGCCCUGGCCGGUGACGAAGACAGUGAAGUGAGGAAGAACGUCUGCAGGGCUCUGGUCAUGCUGCUGGAAGUUCGCAUCGACCGCCUCAUCCCACACAUGCACAGCAUCAUCCAGUACAUGCUGCAGCGAACGCAGGACCCCGAUGAGAACGUGGCUCUGGAAGCCUGCGAGUUUUGGCUCACUCUGGCUGAGCAGCCCAUCUGCAAAGAGGCCCUGUCUGGACACUUGGUCCAACUGAUUCCUAUCUUGGUGAACGGGAUGAAAUAUUCAGAGAUCGACAUCAUCCUCCUAAAAGGAGACGUCGAAGAGGACGAUACAAUUCCCGAUAGCGAGCAGGACAUCAAGCCUCGCUUCCACAAGUCUCGUACCGUGACUCUGCAACACGAGGGUGGGGAGGGCGAGGAGGGCGAGGACAUAGACGAAGACGAGGAUGACGACGAUGACACGUUGUCUGACUGGAAUCUUCGAAAAUGCUCGGCUGCGGCUCUGGACGUUCUGGCCAACGUGUUUCGUGAGGAGCUGCUUCCACACCUCCUGCCUCUGCUUAAAGGCCUGCUGUUCCAUCCUGACUGGGUCAUCAAGGAGUCUGGCAUCUUGGUGCUUGGCGCCAUCGCUGAGGGCUGCAUGCAGGGAAUGGUUCCCUACUUGCCAGAGCUGAUUCCUCAUCUCAUCCAGUGCUUAUGCGACAAGAAGGCUUUGGUGCGCUCCAUCGCCUGCUGGACCCUGAGUCGCUACGCUCACUGGGUGGUCAGCCAGCCCCCCGACGCCCACCUCAAGCCCCUCAUGACCGAGCUUCUCAAACGCAUCCUGGAUGGAAACAAAAGGGUGCAGGAAGCGGCGUGCAGUGCCUUCGCCACCCUGGAGGAGGAGGCGUGCACGGAGCUAGUGCCGUACCUCAGCUUCAUCCUGGACACGCUGGUUUUCGCUUUUGGGAAAUAUCAGCACAAGAAUCUGCUGAUCCUCUACGACGCUAUAGGAACGCUGGCUGAUUCUGUGGGACACCACCUCAACCAGCCUGAGUACAUCCAGAAGCUGAUGCCACCUCUGAUAGCCAAAUGGAACGAGCUGAAGGACGAGGACAAAGACCUCUUUCCUCUGCUGGAGUGUCUGUCGUCGGUUGCUACGGCGCUGCAGAGCGGCUUCCUCCCGUACUGCGAGCCUGUGUACCAGCGCUGCGUGACCCUGGUCCAGAAGACGCUGGCUCAGGCCAUGAUGUACAGUCAGCAGCCAGACCAGUAUGAAGCACCAGAUAAGGACUUCAUGAUUGUGGCCCUGGAUCUAUUAAGCGGGUUGGCCGAGGGACUCGGGGGCCACGUCGACACGCUGGUGGCCCGCAGCAACAUCAUGACCCUGCUGUUCCAGUGCAUGCAGGAUACGAUGCCUGAGGUGAGGCAGAGUUCAUUUGCUCUGCUGGGUGACCUGACCAAGGCCUGCUUCCCUCAUGUCAAACCGUGUAUCGCUGAAUUUAUGCCGAUCCUCGGGACAAAUCUGAACCCAGAAUUUAUCUCCGUGUGCAACAAUGCCACCUGGGCCAUAGGGGAGAUCUGCAUGCAGAUGGGAGUGGAGAUGCAGCCAUACAUAGCUAUGGUUCUAAACCAGCUGGUUGAGAUCAUUAACCGACCCAACACACCCAAAACCCUGCUGGAAAACACAGCCAUCACCAUCGGCAGACUGGGUUACGUUUGCCCUCAGGAGGUCGCCCCCAUGCUGCCGCAGUUUAUCCGACCCUGGUGCACGUCUCUCCGCAACAUCCGAGACAACGAGGAGAAAGACUCUGCCUUUCGUGGGAUUUGCAUAAUGAUCGGUGUGAAUCCCGGAGGCGUGGUGCAGGAUUUCAUCUUCUUCUGUGACGCUGUGGCCUCCUGGGUGAACCCUAAGGAUGAUCUGAGAGACAUGUUCUACAAGAUCCUUCAUGGUUUCAAGGAGCAGGUCGGGGAGGAGAACUGGCAGCAGUUUUCAGAGCAGUUCCCCCCACUGCUAAAGGAGAGACUGGCAGCCUGCUACGGCGUUUAGGUUCUCCACACCCACCCAAUAGGUGAGCCAGCAGGAGGAGGGUGAAUGGGAAACUCAUCCAUCUGUGUAUUGCACGGCCCUGAUCUGGGGGGAGGGAGAGGGACGCUUUUGGCCGCUCCCCCUGAUGGACGGCCCCCACGCCCUAUGUGUUUGUCCAUAGAGGGAGGGUGCGCGGGUGGGAGGGAGGGACAGGGGGGACACCUCUAGAUUAACUAGGCAGGGACCUGACACAGAAAAAAAAACAACUAACUGGUAGGGACAGAUAGAGGAGGAGGAGACCAGCUGGAAAAGAGAGCGGCACAAAGAAAAGUUCAGGGACAGACAGGGAGGGGAUUCACAACGAGGCAGGGACAGCAGGCAGGAGAAAGCUUGUUUCCUGGCUAGAACGACAGGGAAAGUUAGGAUUUUAAUGGGAUUCUUAAACUUAAACGAGUAGCUGGUUGCUCAACAGACUGACAGACAUUAAGUUGUACAUGCAGUACCUGGGACAGACUGUGGGUGGCACUGUGGUUUAGACUUUUUACAGACCUACUACGUAGCUAGGGACAGACAGGUAAAAAAAAAAAACAACCUCUCUAAUAACUUCAUUUUUCUGGGGGAAUAGGAUUCUAUAUCAAAUACUCCAUCUGUGCUCCACCCUAUUCUGCUUCUCUGUAAGAUGAUCUAUCCUCAUCCAUGUUUCCUACCUUUCAUUCUUACCAGAGUGCUGCUUUACAGAGCUAUCAUCUAUCACACAUAUUGCUGUCUACAUGUUUUUUUUCUACCUGAUCGAACGAGACAGAGAGAGAGAGAGUGUGGGAAAGCCUUUUCCCACCGAAAACAAACCAUUUCUCUGGGAAGGGGGGCUUAGGGCUAACACUUUUGUUUUCUCACCUGAGCGGGAGGAAAUCUUACAAAGAAAAUGCAUCCUUAGUUUUGUCUCCAAGGUUCAGCUCGACGUGUGCAUGUUGCAAGUUUGUAAAUCCUGAUUUCGGCAUUCUUUAACGGUGUGUGAAAUGUGUAUUUUUUAUUUUUUGUAUUUGUUUUUGGACAUGGUACCGAGCUAAAACUUGACUCCCCACCGCAAUGUCCUUGGCACCUGUUGACUGUGACCAAGUGUUUGUGUAUGUGUGUGUGUGUGUGUGCGCAUGUGACUGAGUGUGUGUAUGUGUCUGUCUACAUUUGUGUUGAUAUCCAUUUGAUGCCAUAUUGAUAUCUUUAGUAAAACUGAUUGGUUGUGAUCUUUAUAAUGUUUUAUAAUUGGUCUUUUUUUUUUUUUUUUGCUGCUACUGAUGAGUUUUGUUUCUGUAGUGAACUGAAAUUCACACACUUAACACAAAAAUUGAAUUGAUGCUAUAUUCAGUGACUGUUAAGUUGUUUUUUUGCACUUUUUAUUUUAUUCAGUUUUUUUUUUAAUUUUAUUAUUUGUAUGGUAUAUUUUUUUUAACUUCACCCAUAUGAUAUGUCUUGACCCUAAUGUCAGUGUUUGUCAUACUGUGUUGCACUGUGAAAUUAAGUGUCUUUGACUGGCAAAAAUAUCUCAAUACUAAAUGGCAAAUAAAAGCAAAUUUGUGAAACUGCGACUAAUCCGCACUUUUACAAUUACUAACCUUGCCAUAAUGCUGUGUGUGUGUGUGUGUGAGAGAGAUCCUGCAUGAGAGAGUGCAUGAAGAGAUUUAGUAUUUGCCAAUAAGCAUGUUUGACGGAAGAGUGUGAUACGGUUAAAAGUCGGGAUGUAGCCUGCCUCAGCAUAGUUUGUAUGCAUGCUCUGUCUUUCCACAGUAAAGAUGUACAGUGCCUUGCAAAAGUAUUUGUACCUCUUAAAUCUUUAUACAUUUUGUCUGAAAACUACAAACUUUAGUGUAUUUUAUUAGAUCUUUAUGAUAGCCCAACCCAAAGGAGCGUAUAAUGAGAGAGACAUUUCUGUCCUUUCUGCUCUGUAAAGUGACCCAACCACAACUACUACUAGCCAACUCGAAAAUAAAUUUCAAGUGGGGCUUAGGUCGGGACUACCCUGGUAAAAACCAGCUCUUGUUCUAUGCUUCGCUUCAUCCAGAGGGUCUGGACUCUUGACUAUUAAGAAGCAAUUGCUUCCUGGAGGCGUGGAGUUUGUUCAAGUCUUAAAUGUUACCCAGUCGCUAACGUUUGUCCGUGAUGUCGCCGUCCUCCACUGCAAAGAGAGAAGUGCCGAGCUGAACGAGGCAGCUGUUAAUAUUGAUUCAGUAUUUAGAAGUGUGGUAAACACGGACUGAACGGCUUCGUUCACUUCCUCUGCUGCCAUCACUAAAACUACAGACUACAAUUCUAAAACAGCGCAGAAAAUUGACAUCACUCACAACUUCUCCUGUUCACUGAUUGGCCUGGUCAAAAAUCUAUCAGGGAGAAUCCCCUUCAAUGGGAGAAAACCUAGAAGGAGCAGUGAAGAGAGAUUGGAAUUUAGAAGCCAGUGGCCGGGCUAGGUUGGGACUUUGACUGGGCCAUAUUUUGUUCAGUCUCAAGUCUUUUUGUAGCCUCUAAUUGGUUUUCUUCCAGUAUUCUCCCGAAUUUGGCUCUCUGGUCUGACAAGCUUCCUUUGCCCUGCUGAAGAUCCCCUCAGCAUCAUGCUGACAACCACUACUCUGAAAUGAGUAGCAGUUGUCGUGUUGAGAUGCUCCAAUCUGAGUUGUAGAUCUCUGUGACUUAUCCAGAGUCUCCAUGAGCUUCUUGUAAGCUUUUCCAAUGACAUGAUGUCCUUUUCGUUGAGUGUCAGCUUAUAUGGAUGACCCUUUUUGGAUUGAUUAAACAAAGCUCUGUGGGACAUUCACAGCUCAACAUAUUGUUGUACAACAUAUGACUGUGCGCCUGCUGAGAUCAUAAUACAAACUACUCACUUCAACGCUCUUGGGAACAGUUGUAAACAGCAUAAUGGCAGCAUUGUUGUGAUGACAUGCUGAAGAUGGAGAGUUGAAAAAAGUAGUAGCUUCUUAAAGAGACAGAGGCCAAUUUCAAAGUAGUUUGCGAUGUCAAAUGUAUUUGAUGUCAUGUUUGAUAUAUGCAGCACCUGAAGCGUACAUAGUAACUUGAUUGUGCUACAAAAUAAUAUUCUUCUUUAAACUUCUCCUGAACUUUUCUCCCUGACCUGUCUGUUCCAUAUCCAUAUAUGUGCACCACACUUUUCAGAUAUUCAGUUUAAAAAAUUUAAAGCAAUGUCUCAAUCCCUUUUCAUUUCACAAUUACACACUACUUUAUGUCAACUCAUCAAACGCCAUUCCAAUUAAUAGGUGUGUCAGUACUGGUGUGGGCUUGUAAGAGGACAAAAUGUGGAAAAGCUCAACAGGUAUGAAUACUUUAGCAAUGCAUUGUAUGGGUGUGUGUGCAGUAGUGCAUGUUUGGUGUAUGUUUCAGAGUAUUAUGACUGCCCUUUACACACCAACACACCACCUCGACUGACAAGCAGAAAGGGACGGUACAUUUAGAUAAAAAGCUAGGACACUGCCAAAGAGCAAUAGCCACUAAAUUAGAAAGUUGGAUUAGGAGCAGGGGCCACCUGGAGCGUGAUGCGGACACACAGGUACAGCCGGACUGUAAGGAGGAUUUCUGAUCACGAUUCUGCCAGCAAAAUUCAACACAGGGAAGCGUGUUCAUCUUUUUAAAUGUUUUUUUAAAAUUUUAUUAUUAUUUUUAUUUUCUGGCUCAUAGACAAAAUGUUGCCGCUUGAUUUGACCUAGACUGUGACCAUUAAGGUAAUUGAACCAAUCAUCCGUUACUUAAAAUUGGAGACAAUCUGAGUCUGUUUCCUUUCUCUCAGUUCGGAUUGUGAGGGAUUUUUUAUUUUAUUUUUAUUUUUAUAAAUGUCUCAGUGGCUCAAUAUUUUUACGUGAUUUCAUGUGCUUCUCUGAUGUUUUCUAGUUCCAUGAGAUUUUUGUAUUGUGAACUUUUUAACGAUACUGUAGAAGUCUGGUUGUGGACCAGUGAUGAAUACAAGUAGAGAGAGGAGACAUGAUUUUUUUAUUUUCAUUUUUUAAUUUAUGUUAAUGUAAUAAGAAGCAUGAUACUGGGUAAGAUUUUAACUUUUAACAUAAAAAAUCAGCCUGAUUUAUAAUAGAGCAAAAAUAAUUUGGUACCUGCCUUUAAUCUGUUUCCCUCCAUUUAUUAUAAUUUGGGAAUAGAAAUGAAAUAGUUUUGGGGUUAUUUUAAUCCUUUUAUAGUUUGUGUGUAAAACUGACUGAAAAUCCAGCUGGAUUGUGGAUUACCUGAAAUAAAUGUUCUUGUCAUGCAUGCUGAGAAA